GAAACAGCACUAAAGAACAAAUGGAAGUCCCUUCGAGACUACUUUUCAACGGAAUAUAAUAAAAGGCUUGAGGCAAGGUCAGGAGAUGCUGCUAGCAAUCAGCCACAGUCAAAGUGGCUGCACUUCAGUCAACUUCUCUUCUUGAAAGACAUUGUCGCACCGAGAAGUUCAUUCGACUCCCUUGACCUGGAUAGCGUUGAGGAUAAUCCAGUGAUAUGCCAUGAGUCUUUACCAGAAAUAACCACCCAGGGCAGCAAUGUUGAGAGUCAGGGACCAGAUACAUUCCCUAACCCUGAAGCACCAGAACCUGGACCCUCCCAGGAGUUGUCUCCGGGGUCUUCAUCCAGUCAAAGUAGACCGACAAGAGGAGCACGACCCAGAAAACGUAGUCGAGACAGCUUGGACAAUUACAGUGAACUGAUAGAAAUAGAAGAAAGAAAACUUCAAUACUUUAAUCAAAAAAUAGAAAAUGCUGAGCAAACAAAUGAUGCUGACUUUCUGUUCCUCAAAUCACUAUACCCAUUCAUGAAAAUGGUCCCUCAACACCUGAAACUCUCCGCUCGCAAUCGACUACAGUCAGUUCUGCAAGAGUUUGUUUACCCAACACCAACAGUACAACGUUCACAACCGUACAAAGACAGACCUCAGGAUGCUGAUUAACAAAUACAAGAUAGAACAACGCCCACAUAGUCUUACCAAAGCUAUAGCACAGUCUCGACGCCUCAUAGUAUCAGUUCCUACACCACUGAGCCAGACCCUCACCAUUACCAGUACUAGAUCUUUUUUUUUUUAUUAUGAUCAUCAGCACAUCUGUCAACGUAUGAACAAAUCAUAAGCCGCGGUUGUUGUUUUUUUAAUGUGUUGUUGUCUUUUUUUGUGUUUUGUUUUGUUUUUUCAACUGUUACCAUUUCUACGCCAGGUAGGUUGCAAACUGUAUAUAAAGUGCUGAAGACAAAGAGUUUUCA